ACAGAGAUUAUCCCGCGAAAUGUACACGGCCAUUGUUACGUUUGAGUUGAAGUAAAAAAGCGGUUUUGAUUAAUAUUGUCAACAAAAUGAGUCUAUGGGUUGAUAAACAUCGACCAUCUCUGCUACAUAAACUAGAUUAUCACAAACAACAAGCUGCCAAUCUCAAGAAACUGGUCCAAAGUGGGGAUCUGCCUCAUCUGUUAGUGUAUGGUCCAUCUGGUGCCGGCAAGAAGACCAGAAUAACGUGUUUACUACGAGAACUUUAUGGAGCCGGUGCCGAGAAAUUACGUAUAGAACAAAGUCAGUUUACAACCCCUUCAAAUAAAAAGAUUGACAUCUCAACUAUAGCUAGUAAUUAUCACAUUGAAGUUAAUCCAAGUGAUGUUGGUAAUAAUGAUAGAAUUGUUAUACAAGAAUUAAUCAAAAACCUGGCACAAGUCAAUCAACUUGAUUCAUCUUCACAAAAAGAAUUUAAAGUUGUGGUACUAACAGAAGUUGAUAGAUUAACUAAAGAUGCUCAGCAUGCACUACGUAGAACUAUGGAGAAAUAUAUGGCUACAUGUCGACUGAUAUUGUGUUGUAAUUCUACAAGUAAAGUUAUACCUGCUAUCAGAAGUAGAUGUCUUGGGGUUCGUGUUGCCGCACCAUCUGAGGAUGAGAUCUGCCAGAUUCUUCAGAAUGUUUGUAAGAAGGAGGGAUGUAAUUUACCAAUAGAAUUGGCCAAAAGAAUCGCUGUCAAGAGUAAUCGUAAUUUAAGACGAGCUAUUUUAAUGUGCGAGGCCUGUAAAGUCCAACAAUAUCCAUUCAGCGCUGAUCAGAAUAUAAGUGAACCUGAUUGGGAGAUUUAUUUACGAGAAACAGCCAAUAUGAUUGUACAACAGCAAUCACCUAAAAGGUUAUUAGAAGUACGAGCCAGAUUAUAUGAGUUGUUGACACAUUGUAUACCUGCAGACGUUAUUAUCAAGGGAUUGUUACAAGAGUUAUUGGCCAACUGUGACGGACAAUUAAAAACAGAGGUAGUGCAAGCGGCAGCUUAUUAUGAUCAUAGAUUACAGAUCGGACAGAAGGCCAUAUAUCACCUGGAAGCUUUCGUUGCUAAAUUCAUGGCUAUAUAUAAACAAUUCUUGGAUGAAGGAAUGGCCGAAUUCUUUUAAGGAACAAAGACAUUAAUUGAAACAUCAUUCCGAAUUCAAGAAAUUUUAUAUAUAAAUAAUUCUUGGAAGAAGGAAUGUCUGAGUUCUUUUGAAGGAACAUUAAUUGAAACAUCAUUUAGAAAGCAAGGAAAAGUUCAAGAUAAUCUUGUAUUUUGAAGCAGCUUAAGAUGAUGCUUGUGGUGGACAAAUUAAUUGAUGAAUAUUAUCAGAGUCAGUGAACAGUAGAUUACUAAAACAGGUUGACUAAUUUUUGUGACGAUAACCGAACCAUUUAUUGAUAGUUAAAAACUGUAAACUGUACUGAUGAACAGAAUAAAGUUCAACUUAUCCAA